ACACAUUACUAGAUCAAAUACAAAGAGCUAGCUUUUAAGGGAUAGCAUUUUAAAUAUAAAAGAUGGAAGUUAUACCUAAUUAUUGGCUAACAUCGCUAGCUGUGGUAGGCUACACUUUCUUCAAAUUUGUGAAAAUCGGAAUAGCAAAGGAAUACUAAUAUUGGCUGCUAGCAAAUCCCAACUCCCAUAUAUGUUUACUUCUUGUUGGUUGUUACUAAUGAAAAUUGAAUGUAGGAAUCUCAUGAAUCUCUGGUUUCUGGUGCUGAGUGGGAAAGUGAAAGCCCCAAGGCUGGUUUUUCUUCUACAGCUUUAGGAUGGCCUUCCUUUGAUGACAUCAAAUCAUCUUCUCUCACUUAUUCUCUAUCAGCAGAAGAGAAAGCAACUAUGGCAGUGCUGCAAUUGCAGCACAGAGCAUUAGAAGCUUGCCAGAAGUUCUUAGUUGGGGAUGCUGGUUCUGACAGUGACGAAGAUGAUGAGGAGGCAGAGGAUGAUGAGCUGCUAGAUAAUGAUUCUAAAGAAUCUGAGGAGUAUAAGUUCUUUGAAAAAGUGUUUGCAGAAGAUGGUGACCUUAGGAGAUAUUAUGAAAACAAUCACAAGGAAGGAGAUUUUUAUUGUUUGGUUUGUGGGGGUAUUGGGAAAAAGGUAUGGAAGAGGUUUAAGGAUUGUAUUGGACUAAUUCAGCACUCCACUGCCAUACUAAGGACAAGAAGGAAGCGAGCUCACAGGGCCUAUGCACAAGUCAUCUGCAAAGUUGUAGGUUGGGAUAUCGAUCAAAUGCCAGCUAUUGUGUUAAAGGAUUUGGAUUCCUCAUUGGCUGGUUCAAGGAAGCUUUUCGUGAGAAAUCCUAACUGAUAUAUCUGUAUUCUCUAUUUCAUGUCUACAAAAACAUUGUUAAAUGCUUACUAGGCUGAGUUUAUUUUUACAGGUUGAGCCCAAAAAUCCUGCUGUGGGUUGUAUUGAUGAUACAAAUUCAAAUGGUGAAGCUGCUAAUUCUACUGAUUAAUCAUACUGAUGAUUAGGAUGUUCUUCCAAAGUUUGCUAGAAGGGGGCUCAAUUUUUUUGAGACGCAGGAGGAGAGUAAUGAGCAAAACAGUGGAAGCAACAACACUUUGUCUGAGUCUGAACGCGUGACAAAAGCUGAGACAGAAAUUUUGGCCUUGAAGAAAGCCAUUGCCAAAUUAGAAGAUGAAACAGAAGCUGGCUUGCUUCAGUAUCAGCAGAGUUUGGAGAAAAUGUCUAAUCUCGAGUUAGAAGUGUCUACUGCACAAGAGAAUUCUCAAAAACUCGAUGAGCGAGCAAGUAAAGCUGAAGCUGAAGUUCAAGCCUUGAAGGAAGCCCAAAUCAAAUUACAGGCUGAAAGUGAAGCUAGUCUUCUUCAGUAC